CGUUUCCAACGUUUCCACGCAUUCCAAAGCUGUCACCAUGGUUGUAGGCUCUGUUCUCGUCACCGGUGGCACCGGCUACAUUGGCUCUUUCACUGCUCUCGCCCUCCUCGAACAUGACUACAAAGUGGUCAUCGUCGACAAUCUCUACAACUCCUCCGACGAAGUUCUCAACCGCAUCGAGCUCAUCUGUGGCAAGCGACCCGAGUACGAAAAGCUUGACAUCACCGACGAGAAGGCGCUGGAUGCAGUCUUUGACAAACACCCCGACAUCGACAAUGUCAUCCACUUUGCUGCCCUCAAAGCUGUCGGAGAGUCUGCCGAGAUCCCUCUCGACUAUUACAAUGUGAACGUAUAUGGUACACUCUGCCUGUUGAGGAGCAUGCAAAAGCACAAUGUCACCAACAUUGUCUUCUCGUCUUCCGCGACAGUGUAUGGAGAUGCGACUCGGUUCCCCAACAUGAUUCCCAUUCCAGAAGAAUGUCCGCUAGGACCAACAAAUCCUUAUGGAAACACCAAGUUCACGGUGGAGACGAUGAUCACCGACUACAUCAAUGCGGAGCGCACUCGUGCGAAGAAAGAGGGAAAGAAGGCGGAAGUGCACAACGCAGCUCUGUUGAGAUAUUUCAACCCGGCUGGAAGUCAUCCAAGUGGAAUCAUGGGCGAGGACCCGCAGGGCGUCCCAUACAAUCUAUUGCCGUUGUUGGCGCAAGUUGCCGUUGGGAAAAGGGAGAAGUUGAUGGUUUUUGGAGACGACUACGAUUCCAAGGACGGAACCGCCAUUCGCGACUAUCUCCACGUUCUCGACCUCUCCGCCGGCCACGUUGUCGCCCUCAACCACCUCCGCGAACACAACCCAGGCGUCCGAGCGUGGAACCUGGGAACUGGACGUGGUAGCACCGUGUACGAAAUGAUUGCAGCUUUCAGCAAAGCAGUAGGACGCGAUCUGCCUUACGAGGUUGCCCCUCGCCGUGCCGGUGAUGUGCUCAAUCUGACUGCCAAUGCCCAGCGAGCGAACACCGAGCUGAAGUGGGAAACCAAAUUCACUCUGGAAGAUGCUUGUGCGGACUUGUGGAGAUGGACAGAGAACAACCCGCAAGGGUAUAGACAGCAGCCUCCCAAGGCAUUCUUGGAUGCUCUGAAGAAGUAGACGGAGCUCGUAGGAUUGGCUACAUGAGCCAAUGGAAAGCCCUUGGAUUGGCGAAGGCGGGAUACUUCUGAAUAGACAUCGCUGUUGAGGCGAUUGGAUACCCAGCGGAAAGAAAAUAAUACAAUGCGGAUUCGCCUACAGAAUUUCG